AGAUCCCCACACCUUGCCCAUUCUGUCCACCAUCUUCAUCUAUCUCUUCCUUUAAUUGGUUAGAUUUGAGUAUUUUAUUUCAUAUCUACUAUAUACCAUUAUCAUAAAUAUAUUAACAAUGCAACUCUCACUUGGAAUAUGCCAACCAUUGUACUGUAGCACUUCCUUACACUCUUCCCUAUUACUUCAUUCAAUUAUAUUUAAGCCUUUCAAUUUGGCCACAACCUUUUCUCUCCAAUUUCAACUCUUCUUAUCUCUCUAGGAAAUUUCUCUAUUCUAACAAAUCUGGAAUCAUCCAAACAGACCCAAAUCAACAAAAAAAAAAAACAAUCUAAAAUUUUAGGUGAAAAACCAAAAACAUGAAGAUCCAAUGUGAUGUUUGCAGUAAAAAAGAUGCUUCUAUUUUUUGUUCUGCAGAUGAAGCUGCUCUUUGUGAUGUUUGUGAUCAAAGAGUCCAUCAUGCUAAUAAACUUGCUUCUAAACACAAGCGUUUCUCUCUCCUUCACCCUUCUUCCUCUCAUUUCCCUCUUUGUGACAUCUGCCAGGAGAAAAAGGCACUAUUAUUUUGUCAACAAGAUCGAGCAAUUUUAUGUGGUGAUUGUGACCUUUCACUACACUCAGCAAAUGAAUAUACUCAAAAACAUAAUAGGUUCCUCUUAACUGGGAUUAAGCUUUCUGCAAUGGUUAUUUCUGAUAACAACAAAAAGAAGAAUAAUGAUACUUCUAUUAUUAUUAGCAAUGAAAAUGGAGGUGACCCAGUUCCUGAUUUUAAAUCUAUUAAAAAACCCACUUCAGAUUUUUCUGAAAAAACUCCAAAUUCAGCAGCAUCAAUUUUCACUAAUAAUAGCAGCAAUAACAGCAGCAGCACAGUUAGUUCAACCAAUAAUCAGAUGAUUUGUGGUGGAUCAACUAGUAAUAUAUCUGAGUAUUUGAUAGAUAUGUUACCAGGGUGGCAUUUUGAGGAUUUGCUUCUUGAUUCAGCUUCACCUGCUCCCCUUGGUUUCUGCAAGAGUGAUAUCCAUGAUUUUGAAGUGAAUGAGGAUAUGUUAUCAUUUUUUGAUGUGGAAAAUGACAAGGAAUUGACAUGUUCUUCAACUCAAUCUGAGAGUUUUUGGGUACCACAAGCACCCCUAGGCCUAGCAGCAGGAGGAGGAAAUGUUUUUGGUCAGCCUUCAGAAUUUCAUAACAACAUGAAAAGUGGAUUGGUUUAUGGGACAAAACAGAAGCAAGACACAAGUGUCAGUGCCAUCAAAUUGAACAGAAAAUGCUUGAAAGAUGAUGCUUUUACUGUCCCUCAAAUCACUUCAUCUGUAGGGUCUAAGAGAACAAGGCCUUUUUGGUAGAAUUAUUUUUAUUGGGUGUUCUAAGGGGGGUGUAUGUGUAUCUUCUGUCUUUUGGAAUAUGGAGUGCUUGUGCUCAAUGUCACAUAGAUUUUUGGUCAUUUUUGUUGUUGUUCUGUACUAUUCCACAAAUUAAGGUGUGAUAAAAAUGUGUGCAACUUUUACAAAGUCAUAUUAUCCUUUCUCCUUGAUAUAA